UUCGCGCCGGAACGCGAAGACUCGGCCGGGAAAGCAACAACCUCAUUCAGAGUCUACAGCAAAGAGGCAUCCUUCAUAGUAGGCGCAGCUGGUGUCAAGGAGGUUUGAUUAAGAAUGACUGUGGGCGCUUGCGUGGCUGGCACGCGUGGAGCCGAGAGCAUGUCACGCGGCAGCAAGGGUCCUCGUGCACGGCGCGAGUCACGUGGCUUGCAUGGCUCAAAGUCGGCAUUUGCGGCGAUGGCGGCGGCAAUGGCGCUGAUGGUGGCGCUGGCUACGGCGGUGGUCGGAGAGGUGGCUGUCGUUGCCGAGCGGACCAACUGCGUGGAGCUCAACGGGGCCAAUGAGUUUCGACUCUUCUACUCGACGACGCAGAGCAACUCGACGACUGUGGCGCUGCGGAUAGAGGCGCCUGUGAGCGCGGGAUGGAUCGGACUGGCUCGAAUGGCGGGGCCGGGCUCGUCGAUGCAGGGCGGGGACUACGCGUUUGCGUUUGUCACCGACGGCGACGAGCCGUUUCUGCUGCAGGGCUACCGGACCAAGGCGGGAUCAGGCGUCAUCUCUGUGAAUGCAGCGAACGAGACCGAUUUGGGCUCUCCGGUGGUCGAGCGGGUGAACGGCAAGCUGGUGGCGUCGUGGAUCAAGCCGCUCGACACGCCCGGUCCAAACGGAGUGGCGUGGGGGGUGGAGUGAAUCCGCUCGGCUUUGCGCUUGAGCGCGGGACCAAUCCGACGGUGGCAGGUCCUGCAGGCAACCUCUUCCACAAUGUGGCGUACGGACACGUGACGGUGGACUUUUCUGCGGUGUCAACAUGCACGCCGCCGCCGCCGGCACCGCCGCCGGCACCGCCAUCGCCACCAAGUCCACUCAUCAACCUAGACGGCGCGCACCGGUUUGUUGACGGCGAGUUUAGCAUGGAGUUCAAGGUCGACAGCGAGGCAGAGCGAGUCUCGAUUGCCCUAUCGUCGCCACAUGCGAGCGGAUGGGUUGGCCUCUGCUUUACCACGUCGCCCGGGCGGAUGGGCCCAGGCCAUGCGUUUGUGGGCUACGCUUCGGCUCGGUAUUCCCCCGGCUUUGUGGUCUCGCAGCGACUUAAUCCUGCAGUACAUCAGAUGCCGCAGCCAUCGCAGACGCAGUCUGUGCUGGCAACGGCGGGCGCCGUGGUGGACGGGCGGCUGACGAUCUCGUUUUCACGGUCGAUAGCCGCGUCGGGCCCAGGUGACGUGACGCUGCGGAACGAACCGAUGGCUGUGGUAUGGGCAUACUCUGUACAGACGCCCGACGAUGGUGAUGCGACGCUGGAAUCGCCGUUUGCGCAGCAUGGGCGGAGUGAGCACUCGACGUCGGACAUCCGGGUGAACUUUUUCACCGGCGAGGUGACGCGCGACGAUCUCCGUGAGCGGGUCAUCACCGCGCACGCGUGGCUCAUGCUCAUUGCUUGGUUUGUCCUUGUCCCCAUGGCCAUUCUCAUUGCGCGUUACGCCAAAGAUGCACUUGGUGCCAACUGGUUCCGGGCGCACAUGGCGCUCAAUCUGGUGGCGGUGGCUGCGACCGGUGCCGCCUUUGGCAUGGCCGUCUGGUACUCGGUCGAAGACUUUGACGGCGCUCACAAGGUGCACAAGAUCAUCGGCCUUAUCAUCCUUCUCGCCACCUUUGUCGAACCAAUUCUGGGUGAGGUGGCCAAUGUGAUGUGGAGCCCGGACCGUGAGGCUACUCCGUGGUUCCCGGAUCGCAUCCACUGGUGGUUUGGCCGCGCCCUCGUCCUUCUUGCCCUCGUCAACUGCUUCCUCGGAAUGGACUCCAAGGAGUGGGGCAUGCCUGCCUUUGUGGUUGGGGGAGUUGUUGUCGGCGUCAUUGCCCUCACCUUUGCCGCGCUUGAGGCCACGGUCGGCAAGAUCGUGCACGGCAAGAUGCGCGCCGAGGAGCAGCUUCUAGUGCCUGCUGAUGGGAGCGGCGGUGGCCAUCGACAGCAAUAUGGCGAGUGACGACCAUCAUUGAAUGCUUCCGCCACACGUUGGCGAGUGUG